GCCCUCACCUAAGAUGGCGGCCACCGUGGGCGCUGUCCCCGGCCCCGCCCCGCGGCCCCGCCCCGCCUCUCCUUCGUCCCUCCCUCCGCCCCCUCGCCUGGCCAAGUCCGGCCGCGGUGCUCGCGCAGGCAGAGUGGGUUCCCGGGACUUGAUAUGGCGGCAGCGGCGGCUACUGCGGCAACCAAGGGAAAUGGGGGCGGCGGUGGCCGGGCUGGGGCCGGCGAAGCCAGCGGCACGCGGAAGAAGAAGGGCCCGGGGCCUCUGGCCACGGCGUACCUGGUCAUCUACAAUGUAGUGAUGACGGCGGGGUGGCUGGUUAUAGCCGUUGGUCUGGUGAGAGCAUACCUGGCUAAGGGUAGCUACCAUAGCCUUUAUUAUUCAAUUGAAAAGCCUUUGAAAUUCUUCCAAACUGGAGCCUCAUUGGAGAUUUUACAUUGUGCUGUAGGAAUUGUUCCAUCUUCUGUUGUCCUGACUUCUUUCCAGGUGAUAUCAAGAGUUUUUAUGAUAUGGGCAGUGACACAUAGCGUCAAAGAGGUACAGAGUGAAGACAGUGUCCUCCUGUUUGUUGUUGCCUGGACACUCACGGAAAUUGUCCGUUACUCCUUUUAUACAUUCAGUCUAUUAAACCAUCUGCCUUACCUCAUCAAAUGGGCCAGGUACACACUUUUCAUUGUGCUGUACCCGAUGGGAGUGUCAGGAGAACUGCUCACAAUGUAUGCAGCCCUGCCCUUUGUCAGACAGGCCGGCCUGUACUCCAUCAGUUUACCCAACAAGUACAAUUUCUCCUUCGACUACUAUGCGUUCCUGAUCCUAGUAAUGAUCUCCUACAUUCCCAUUUUCCCCCAGUUGUACUUCCACAUGAUACAUCAGAGAAGAAAGGUCCUAUCUCAUACUGAAGAACACAAGAAAUUUGAAUAGUUCCUGCUUUCUGCACAUCCCCCCAAAAAAACAAACUUUUCAAUGAUCAAAAAAUGCUGCAGACUUUUUGAGUUCCCAAUACGUUUCAUAGAAAAUAAGUAAGAACUAUUUUUAAAAUAUUUAAAAUAAAACAAAAACCAAAAUCCAGUGUCAUGUGGGCCUGGGAUUUUCUAUUUUAAAAGGCUGUUACAUAAAACAUCCUGGCCAGUCCAUUUCAGCAUGCUCUUUCUUUCAACCAGAAGUUCCCAAUAUUUAUGAUGGCGCUAGAAAGAGAUUUGGCAUUUUAUAUCCUCCUGUGUCCUUCAUGUAUCUGAUAAAUAAAUAUCUGUAACACUAAAUACUUGGAAGUUA